AUGAGAUCACGGGAAAUUGUGUUGAAGCUUGUCAGAGUAUGUACAACAGCCAAAUUGCUGACCCAAUUGCAUUCUCUAACCAUAAGAACUGGACUAAAUCACGACACUCACUUCGCCGCUAAACUGACUGAGCUCUAUUUUGAAUUGUUACCUGUUCAAACUGCCCGUAAAGUGUUUGAUGAAAUUCCUCACCCAAGUGCAGCCACCUGCAAUCGCAUUCUACAACGCUUUUGUGGAAAAAAACGAUAUGGGGAAGUACUGUCUCUCUUUUCAUCUAUGUUGUCAUUCCAAAAGCCUGAUCAUUUCACAUUACUUUUUGCAUUAAAGGCGUGCUCAGCAUUAAAAACACUAAAUUUUGGCAAAACGAUUCAUGGCUUCGGGAUAAAACAUGGUAACAUUCAUUCAAACAUGUUUCUUGGCUCGGCCCUCAUUGAGUUUUACUCAAAAUGUGGAGAUAUGGACGACGCUUUGCGCGUCUUUGAGGAAUAUACAAAGCCUGAUCUUGUUUUGUGGACUACAUUGGUUACUGGUUAUGAGCAAAGCUUUAAGCCUGAUGAAGCAUUAGCUGUUUUUACUGGAAUGAUGAUGACACGUGGCAUUAGUCCAGAUCCAGUGACUCUUGUCACUGUUGUUUCUGCUUGUACUCAGGUGCUGAAUUUAAAAGCUGGAAAAAGUGUUCAUGGGCUUGUAAUUAGAAUGGGUUCUGAAAUUCCCCUGCCUUUAUUGAACUCUUUGCUGAAUUUAUAUGCGAAAACUGGGUCCAUAGAGUACGCAGGAAAUCUGUUUAGAAUGAUGGAAGAAAUAGAUGUAAUUUCUUGGAGUUGUAUAAUUUCUUGUUGUGCUCAUAAUGGUGCUACUGAUAGAGCAAUAAGUCUUUUUGAUGAGAUGAUACACAAAGGAGUUGAACCCAACUCAGUUUGCGUGAUCAGUGCUUUACAAGCGUGUGAAGCUUGUUGUAAUUUAGAAAAGGGCAGGCAAAUACAUGAACUAGCUUUUCAGAAAGGUCUUGAACUAGACAUAUUGGUUUCCACGGCUUUGAUUGAUAUGUACAUGAGCUGUUGUUCACCUAAGGAAGCGAGUAUGGUAUUCGAUAGGAUGCUGAACAAAGAUGUUGUUUCUUGGUUUGCUUUGUUAUGUGGUUGUGUUCAAAAUGGAAUGUUCUACAAGUCGAUGCAAAUCUUUUGUGAUAUGACGGCUAGUGAUAUCCAACCUGAUGCUACUGUGAUGGUUAAAAUUCUCGUAGCUUGUUCUGAGUUGGGGAUUACUCAUUUGACUUCUUGUCUUCAUGGUCAUGUAAUUAGAGGUGGUUUCUUCAGCAAUUCUUUCGUCAGGGCUUCACUUAUUGAAUGUUAUGCAAAAUGUGGUAGCUUGGGGGAGGCUGUCAAUGUUUUUGAAGGAUUAGCAGAUGAUAAGGAUAUUGUUGUCUGGAGCUCCAUGUUUGCAGGCUAUGGAAUUCAUGGGCAAGCUAAGGAAUCGAUUAAGUUAUUUCGUCGUAUGGUUAGAGAUUCCUCAGUUGGGCCGAACAAAGUUACCUUCCUUUCAAUUUUAGCAGCCUGUAGUCAUGCAGGUCUUGUUGAGGAAGGAAUUGAAUUUUUCAACAUGAUGUUAAAUGAAUACCAAAUGAUGCCAGAGUCAAAGCAUUAUGCAAUCAUUGUUGAUUUACUCGGACGAACUGGAGAAUUGGACAAGGCAAUAUGCUUUAUUAACCAAAUGCAUUCACAGGUUGGAGCACACGUAUGGGGCGCAUUGCUUGGUGCCUGCAAGAUUCAUCAGAAUGCAGAGAUUGGAGAAGUCGCUGCCAGGAAUCUUCUCCAGUUAGAUCCAGUUCAUGCAGGAUAUUAUAUCCUGUUAUCAAAUAUGUAUGCUGUUGAUGGGAAGUGGGAUGAUGCAGCUGGACUUAGAAGUUCAAUUAAAGAGAAACAAUUGAAAAAGAUAACUGGCCAAAGUGUUGUUAGACUUUAG